UCCAAACUCCAAAGCAUUCCCCCGACCCUUUUCAAUUCUCUCCAAAAACGAUAUUGUAGAAACAGAAGGACAUUCCCUCACCCUUUUUUAUUUCCCUCGUCUCUCUAUUUCCAUUUCUCUAGGAAUCAAAGGAGAGUUGGCAAGUCACGUGUUUUGCACAUGAGAAGUUCUUGAAACCCUAAUCCCCUUCUCUCAAUAUUUAUCAGCGGAUUACCGGGCAUGGCAGGUUCAACUAUUGUCAGAGGAGCUGGGAGAAACAAAAGGGCAUGGACAACAAAGGAAGACGAAAAGUUAGUUGACACACUCAUGGACUUGCAAGCAUCUGGGAAGUAUGCAUGUGCAGAUAAUGGAUUCAAACCUGGUUAUUAUCAAGCAAUACAACGUUUGCUGGAUUUAAGUCUUCCCAACUCGGGGUUAAAGGCAGAGCCGCAUAUUAAAUCCAGAUUGAAGACGCUGAAGGCUAACUUUGGCGUAUUGAGUUACAUGUUAUCGGGCACACAUGGAUUCACUUGGGAUCCUAAGAAAUGUUGUGUUACUGCUGAUGACCAAGUAUGGGAUGAGUACAUUAAGACUCAUAAAAAUGCAUCUCAUAUCAAAGACAAACCAUUCCCUUUCUAUGACAAGCUUUCCAUCAUCUUUGGUAAAAACAAAAAUAUGGGUUCUCGGGCUCUUGAUAUUGGAGGCGAACAGGUAGGAGAAACAGAAAGGAGUGCACCUAAUGAAUUUGAAGACCGACAUGUUGAUCCAGUUGAAACGAAAGACCUACAUAUUGAUUUAGAUGAAGUUGAAGACCUACAUAAUGAUCCAGUUGUUCCUUUUUCCGAAGGAGAUACGGGUAGUUUGAGUAGUAAACGAAAACGAGACAAACAUGGCCACUUCCAUCAUAAUACUUGCAACAACCCAUACAAGGUGUCUAACAUUACCCGAAAUAUCGGGAGGGAAUUGAGCACCAAUUAUAGAAUUCUCGCUGGUGAAGGAGCUUCAUCUGUUGACUUAAUGAGAAGAGUUGUCAAGGAGAUAAAUGGUUUAUCAGGCAUCACUCUCGAUGAACGGAUUAUAGCAAUGGAUGUUAUUGGUCAUUCUCCAACACGGGCUGAAAUGUUUUUUAUGUUGGAUAAGACAGGAAAAAUUCGUAUGGUACAAAUGAUCGGAUGUGGGUCGAUAAGCUAGGUUGUUAUGUAGAUUUUCAACCAUCUCAAUAAGAACAAUGGUUAAGGUGAUUAGCGGGUUCUUAUAAGUUAUGACAUCUAGGAUUGUAACUGA